AUGGAGCUGAACCAGACAUCUCCCUCUCCCACAUCGCCCGUGCUGGAGACUGAUGGAGAUGACCUGUGUGGAAUCGAGGUCACUGAUGUGGCCGUAGACGCUGUCAUGCUGCUUGUCUCCCUCUGUGGGCUGGUGGGGAAUGGGGCCAUCAUCCGACUCCCCAGCUCUCACAUCCGCAGGAACGCCAUCACCGUCUACAUCUCCCUCCUGGCCUUCACCAACUUCAGCUUCCUCAUCAUCACGGCCAUCUCGUCCCUCAUCUACAUAGUGGAGAAUGUCUCCUGCUCCAGUCUUGUGUUCUUGAGUUUCAAGAGGUCAUUUCUUCUUUUAUCGCUGUUCUCCUACAACAUUGGUUUCUACCUCCUGACAGCCAUCAGCAUCGAGGGGUGCGUGUCCAUCCGCUGCCCCAGCACCCGCCGUUCCCUAUGCUUGUCGGCCGUGGUGUGUGCCCUGCUCUUGGCCUUUUCCAUGGCUGUCAUUGCUACAGUGACGUCUCUAUGCCUGUAUCACAAGCAUGAGCACUGCCGCAUGGCUCUCAUCUCCAUGUACGCCCUCAACUUCCUCAUCUUUGCCCCACUCAUGGUCAUUUCCACCACAAUCCUCUUCAUUAAGAUCCAGUGUGGCUCCCAGCAGCGUCAACCCAAGAGGCUCUACAUUGCUAUCUUCUUCACCGUCCUCUUCUUCGUCCUUUUCGCUCUUCCCCUCAGCAUCUGGAAUUUCCUGCAGCAGUUUAACUACAUGGCCGUGCCUUCCCAGGUUGUUUUCCUGCUCGCCUGCAUCAACAGCAGCAUCAACCCCUUCAUCUACUUCUUGGUAGGGAGCUACCGGAGGCGCUGCUCCUUGGUGUCCCUCCAGGUCGCCUUCCGGAGGGUCUUUGAGGUGCCAGAAUACUACAUGGCAUGCAACAACAAUAUUAUGAUGGACGCGCUGGCCCCAGCCUGA